ACAGUGAUCACGUUUCAGCCUAUAAAUCAGGGACGACUGAUGUGUGCCUCAUCACCGUGCUCGUGCCAUAGCUGACGAUAGCUUGACAUCCAAGUAUAUAGCUGCCUCGACAUGGCUUCCUCCGCUUCUCCUCGUUCCGCCACCGCCACCGCCGUCGUGGCCGUUGUCGUGGCGGCCGCGCUGUGCCUCCACGGCGCGACGGCGCAGCUGUGCGAGGACUACUACGACGACACGUGCCCUGACGCAUACGACAUCGUGAAGCAGGUGCUCAUCCAGGCGCACGAGUCUGACGUCCGCAUCUACGCCAGCCUCAUCCGCCUCCACUUCCACGACUGCUUCGUCCAGGGCUGCGACGCGUCGCUGCUGCUGGACACUGUCCCGGGCAUGCAGUCGGAGAAGGAGUCGCCGCCCAACAACGGCUCGGCGCGCGGGUACGAGGUGGUGGACGCCGCCAAGGCGGCGCUGGAGGACGCCUGCCCCGGCGUCGUCUCCUGCGCCGACAUCCUCGCCAUCGCAUCCGAGAUCUCCGUCGAGCUGUCAGGAGGCCCCAGCUGGGGUGUGCUGCUGGGGAGGCUGGACGGCAAAACGUCAGACUUCAACGGCUCCCUCGACCUGCCGGCGCCCUUCGAGAAUCUCACCGAGCUCCAGAGAAAGUUCAAGGACGUCGGCCUUAACGACGUCGACCUCGUCGCCCUCUCAGGUGCACACACGUUCGGCAGGGUGCAAUGCCAGAACGUCGCCGCCGGCAUGGCCGACCGGCUCUACAACUUCAGCGGCACCAACAUGCCUGACCCGACCCUGGACUCGGCCUACCGGGCGUUCCUGUCCCGGAGGUGCCCGAAGAACGUCAACGGCGAGGUCCUGAAUGACCUGGACCCGACGACGCCGGACACCUUCGACAACCACUACUACACCAACAUCGAGGUCAACCGGGGCUUCCUCAUCUCCGACCAGGAGCUCAAGUCGUCGCCCCAGGCGCAGGGCACCACGGCGCCCAUCGUCGACCGGUUCGCCGGCAGCCAGGACGCCUUCUUCGCGAGCUUCGCGCAGUCCAUGAUCAACAUGGGGAACAUCAGGCCGGUCACGGAUCCGUCACAGGGAGAGGUCCGUACCAACUGCAGGAGGGUCAACUGAAACUGAUCAAAGGAGGAGAGAAAAUGUGAGUUUUUAUAAUUGAUUGAAAACAAGGGCUUCUGGCCAGUUCCUCGAGUGUGCAGUUUACAUAUAUGUCUUGAGGGCGGGGAGUUGUGCUCAGCUCGUGUAUGUUCCCAUCGUGCUCGAUCCUGUCACCAAGUCCCGGGUGGUGUGUCUGCCUGGGAGCACUCCGGACUUCCAAGAUGAUUGUAAUUCGCCUCAUGAUGAAUAAUGCUCUCAAAAAAGUAUGAAAUAAA